AUGAGUCAAGAGAGCCCAGCUGAUGAAAACAAUACCACUGGGAAUAAAUCAACCAAGUGGCCUUUCAAGGCAUUGCUGAAUGUCGUGAAAUUAACUUUUUUGUUCUGUGUCCCGAUGCUCUUUGUAUCUACCGGUACUUUUCAGAAUACCACUUUGAUUCUGGCUGCCAUGUCACUGGAGCGUUAUGUUUCCAUUUUCUACCCUCUGCAGCGCCCGGCCUCCUGGCGCUCAGACCGUAUCUGGAUCAUUAUUCUGCCUCUGUGGAUCAUCAGCUUCACAUUCCCCAUUAUUGAGUUUUCCAUCGGGAAGCACAGUCCCAAUGUAGAUGUCCUCUUUACAAACAUGCUUUGCAAAAACACUGUUAUUAACUCAUCGCCAAUCCAGGGACUGUAUCGGCUUGCUGUCUAUGUACUUUUCUUUGCAGUGGUGGGUGUUAUCAUCCUCUUCACCUAUAUAAGGAUCGUGAUGGAAACCAGGAAGAUGCGGCAGGACAGAGCUUCAGUGAACAAAGCCAUGCACACCGUGCUGCUGCACGGCUUCCAGCUGCUGCUGUGCUUGCUGGCUUUUACUCUGCCUAUCUCUGAAACUCUUAUUGGGCUCCACACAAACUGGCUAGAUGAGGAUGUCACCUUUUUUAAUUAUUUCUGUUUCAUUCUGAUGCCUCGCUUUCUCAGCCCACUAAUUUACGGCUUCAGGGAUCAGAAUUUGAGAAAGCACAUUGGGAACAGAUUCCUCUGCUGCUCAAAGAAAGACAAACCCUUUUUCAAAUAG